GGGAAAUGCCGCAAUUCAAACAUUCACCGUAGCGCGCCCGAGGCCCAAAAACCAAACAAAGCAAUAAGCAUGCGGAAGGGAGAUCGCGCCAAUGGAUCCAAGUGCCGCUUAAAGCAAUUGCUUGGACACGUUCGCUUUCCAUUUCCACCACUCUUCACCGCUUUCCUUUCUCCCGCAUGCAAACCCGCCGUACUCCUUCCAACUCCCACCACCGACCCGAUUCCCCGUGGGCAACCUUCUCUCGACUGGACUCUUCGUCGCCCUCAUGCCUCUCUCUCAGCCGUCGCCGUCCUCUUCCACGGUUCCAGUUCGCGAAGACUGUUGGACUUUGGACCAUACUUCCACUCUCAUCCAUGCCUGGGGUCAACGUCAUCUCGACUUGAACCGGGGCAGUCUUCGUUACAAACACUGGCAAGAGGUCGCCGACGCUGUCAACUCCAGCCAUGGCCAUGAGAGGAAGUCCAUUCGUACGGCUAUUCAGUGUAAAAACCGCAUCGAUACGCUUAAGAGGAAGUACAAAAUCGAGAAGGCGCGAAUUCAAGAAUCCGGUGGCUCGUACGUCUGCGCUUGGCCGUUCUUCUCCUGUCUCGACGAUCUUAUAGGGAACAGCCACCACAAGGCUUCGACGUCGGUCUCCGUAUCUAACUGUAAAUCCUCGCCAGUGACGACUCCAAGAUUGUCGCUGUUCUCGAAGGUCCCGGUUGCUCCUCGAUCCGGAACUAAGAAGCGUCGUUCGACUCACUUCUACAGGAGUUUUUGCGACUCGUACCUUCGCCGGGAUGUGAACUCGAAUGAGGAUGAAGGAAAAGAUGGUUUGGAUUCCGAUAAUUCGCUUUCGAGUCCAAGGUUCAAGGAUAGAGAUGUAGGAUAUAGAAAACUGGCCGAGGUAAUAGGGGCGAUUACUGAUAUUUAUGAGAGAGUGGAGGUAGCAAAACAGAGACACAUGGUAGAAUUGGAGAUUCAACGGAUGCAAUUCGUGAAGGAUUUAGAGUACCAGAGAAUGCAACUACUUAUGGACACGCACCUUCAGAUUCAAAAGAUCAAGCGCGCCAGGCGAGGUUCUGGAGCCGCUGCUGGGAAUCCAUGGCUGCACAGAUGGAAGGAGGGAAUUCUUAUGGUCUCUUGGGUUAGGAAAUAACUGAGUUAGAAUGGGAGAGAUGGGGUAUAUAUUAAUACAGCCACGUUUUUCAGUAUUACUAGAACUGUCAAAAGGAGAAAGUGAGAGCUGCUCUUUCUGCUCAGUUUUCUCGUGUUACCAAUCUGGGAGUGUGAAGAGAAGACAUGUUGCGCCAAACUGGGCAUAGCUCAUUUGACAUACGAGUGUGCUAAAAACCACGGGGUUUGUGGUUCGAAUCCACCUACCCCCAAUUGUACUUAAAAAAGAAGAGAAGACAUGUUGCACCACUGCGUGCAAUGGAAAUUUGUUUGGGGUCUCUAGACAUGUUAGGUUAAUGAUCUACCUCGACAAGACCCAGUAGGAAAAAAUGAUUUUGGUUUGGCUCGGAAUGAAAUUUGCCAUCGGGCUCAUAAGUUUUGGCCUUUAUGAUGAGAACAAGAGAGAAAUCACUAACUUUCAAGUGUUUGUUCUUACAUUACAGAUAAGCAUGUGACGAGAACAUUAGUAAGGAAAAAGGGUCAAAUAUUAAAGCCUCAAUGCUAAAUUCUAGACGCUUGAAUGAGCAUCAAUUGCUCCAUGUUUCAACAGCUCUUAAUUUCUCCUAGUUGAUCAUUGAUCUGUAGAUUUUACUUUCGUUCAGCCUGUUCGAUAAUUUUUUUUUUCUUGUCAUGAACAAGUUCUUCCUAGAGAUUAAAUCCAUUCUAACAUUGAACACGUGCUAAGUUUUAAUAGCAAAAAUUCAAAAUACUUUGUAGAGAAGAUGAAAUAUAUGAAUGUGAAAUAUUAUCUAUAUUGCAUCUCUCCCUCUAGAUAGCAAAAGGGAAGAAUAAUCCGUUCAUUUUUAAUAUGUUCUCUACUAAAAACAAAAUUAUGCAUAUUUUUGGUGAAAAGGCACGAGUCUGUUAAUUGUUUCUCCAUGGAUUUGGAAAAAGUUGAUCAUGUUCUUGUUUCAUGACUUUGCUUUUUAAAUAUCAUACAAAGGGGUUAAC